GCGAGUUUCGUGCACCACUGCACCGUCUCUUACCUAAUCCUUUCUGCCUAGCAACCGCUCGAGGGCUCGAGGCUUGAAGUGAUUGUGUCAUCGUGUUUACAUUCCAACGAAAUAAACGCACAGAGAGAGAAAUUGCUCUCUUCCUAAAAUAGGCGACCAAAAACCCUAAUUUUUUUUUUCCAAUCGACAAAUUCGAUGUCUUCAAUCUAUCAAGUUUAAGCUCAGAGCAAAAUUUAACUAACAAUUUCCCCAAUUUCCCCCCCAAAUCGGUUAAUUAUGGAUCUUUUGAAGGAUUAUCCUUCAGAAAUUGAAAUUGGAAGCUCCAUAGACUCGUUCCAGAAGGGAAUGGAUUCACAGAAGCAGCUUUUCCAUACACAGAUCGAUCAACUCCGCAAUAUCGUCGUCACUCAGUGCAAACUCACCGGCGUUAACCCUCUCUCUCAAGAAAUGGCAGCUGGUGCUCUAUCUAUAAAUAUUGGGAAGAAGCCUAGAGAUUUGUUAAAUCCGAAGGCUGCAAAAUAUAUGCAAGCAGUUUUUUCUAUGAAAGAUGCAAUCAGUAAAAAGGAAUCUCGUGAGAUUGGCGCUCUUUUUGGUCUAACAGUCACACAGGUGAGGGAGUAUUUUGCCAGUCAGCGGUCCAGGGUGAGGAAAUUGACACGGUUAUCUAGAGAAAGAGCGAUUAGGGCAAGUGGUAAUAAGGAAUUACAAGAUGGCGUACCUGCUGAGUCUGACCUUAUGCUCCCCAUUGAAACUGCUCCAUUAAGCUCUGUUGGUCCUUCUAAUGUCGAGGAAGCACCUUCUUGUUCAAACCAGGAUGAAGUCUUGCCAGGACUAGGCGAGUCUGAAAGACAUUUUGUUGAUAAUAUUUUCAGUUCUAUGUGUAAAGAAGAAACCUUUUCUGGUCAGGUGAAAUUGAUGGAGUGGAUCUUGCAGAUAGAAAAUCCUACAAUCUUGAGUUGGUUUUUGAUCAAAGGUGGUGUCAUGAUUCUAGCUACUUGGUUGAGUCAAGCUGCUAGUGAAGAACAAACAAGUGUUAUUUCUGCUGCUCUCAAGGUUUUUUGUCAUUUACCCUUGAAUAAAGCACUUCCUGCUCACAUGUCGGCGUUACUCCAAGGUGUCAACAAAUUGCGAUUCUACCGAGUACGAGACAUCUCAAACAGGGCAAGAAUUCUCUUGUCAAAGUGGAGCAAAAUGUUUGUCAAAAUCCAAGCUUCAAAGAAACCUAAUGGCAUUAGAGCUGCCGGUGAGCAAGAGAUAGACCUAACCCGAAGGAUUGGCGAAAUUGUUGGAGAUUUUUCCUGGCAGUCUUCUGUAGAUAAUUCUGAUGACAUGCUAGUUACCUCAUACGUAGGCCCAGACGAUAUCAGGAAAGUGGAAACUCUAGAAGCAAUGAAGCUGCUCACAGCAUCUUCGGAUGAUUCUAAUAAGAGGCUCUUAGGGACAACGGCGUCUCAUAAUAAAGAACGCAGAAAGGUUCAGCUUGUUGAACAACCAGGCCAAAAAGCAGUUAGUAACAGCCAGUCUAUAAAAGCAGUUCCUGCCAAUCAAAGGCGUCCAAUUACUGCUGAUGAAAUCCAAAAGGCAAAAAUGCGUGCGCAAUUUAUGCAGAGCAACAAAAGGAAAACAGAAGGUCCCAGGAAACCUUCUUUACUCACUAAUGAUUUGCUUUCAGCAUCAGAAGCUUACCUUCGACCUAAGCUUGAAGCGCAGAAAAAGGCAAGGUUGCUUCCUCCAAAGAGUAUUAUUAAACAGAUGGAUUGUCUUUCUGAUCAGAAGCCAGCUUUUGAUCAGAAGGAAUCUUUGAUGGACAAGUGCCGGAGGGUUCAAAUCCCUUGGUGGGCACCCCCAGAAAUUGAUCUGGCAGUUGAAAUUGGUAGUGGAGAAAGCAGCAAGGAAACAGAAGUUCAGAGAAACCGUAUCCAUCGGGAAAAGGAAACUACUUAUCCAACACUUGAAGAUGUACCACCAAACCCGAAGGAGCCAUGGGAUGUCGAGAUGGACUAUGAUGACACCUUAACCCCAGAAAUACCCGUUGAGCAGUUACCUGAUGCUGAUGGCCCGUGUUCGCCUCUUGCUUCAGCUGAAACUCAUAAUCCCUCAGCUGACCCUUCCACUUUAUCACAAGCUGAGCCCGAUCUUGAACUCCUGGCAGUUUUGCUGAAAAAUCCAGAGUUAGUUUUUGCCCUGACUUCGGGUCAAGCAAGCGGGCUUUCAAGUGAGGAUACUGUAAAACUUCUAGACUUGCUCAAGUCAAAUGGAGGGGCAGCAUUGUUAAACGGGGCUUCUGAGAAGCAAGAGGAAGUGAAAGUUGAAGUUUCUCUUCCUUCGCCAACUCCUACUCCGACCAGAAAUGCUGAAGUCUCUCUUCCAUCUCCAACCCCACCAAGCAGAUUUGAAGUUUCUUUACCCUCCCCGACACCUUCCACCAAUCCUGGGCCGAAUGGAUGGACAUCAACAGAGGCUGCAAAAAAUCCAUUUUCCCGGCGCGCGAUGGGAGUCCAGGAUACUAUGACAGUAACAACUGCUGUUAUUAGUUCAGAUAGGUCUCAGAAUAGCUGCAGUUUGCAGCCACAGUAUCCAUCAACAGGACCUGGUGUAAUCACAUCUUUGCCUCAGCACCUUCCUUGUCAAACUCACAUACCCGAGUAUCAACCCGCAUUUUAUGACCCUGUUGUGAAUCAAAAUCCACCAACCAUGAACUCUUCAUAUUCCCGGCCAACACCUGCACAUUCACAGUCACAAAUACAUGCACAUUCAAAGCAGUAUCUGAUGCCUGAAGAUAAUAACGCUAGGCAAGGCUUGUCUCAGUCUCACAAUUCACGUUUCUCAAAUCAUGUUAGUCAAAAUGUAUAUAAUCAGACAAUGACCGGCGGCCCCACAUGGGAGAGGAACGAUUAUCCGACGGGUAGUCACAAGGGAUAUGAAUCAUGGAGUCCAGAGAAUAGCCCUGGCCCAUCAAGGUAUCCACCUGAGCAUCAUCAUGGGCAUGGGCAUGGGCAUGGAUGGAGUUACCCAGAGCAGAGGGAAAGGGGAUAUGCGCCCCCUGAUAGAAUAAGUAGGCACCAAAAUUGGCGUGGUAGUGGUGGUGGUAAUGGUGGUGGUGGUGGCCGUGGCGGUGUUAACCGACGAUGGAAUGGUGGUGACAGGAGACGAUAAUGACUCUGUAUUGGCUUGUAUGACUGUUGUUCUGUGCAUAGGCAAUUUUUUUAUACCAAACGUACCCUGGAAUGUUGGGUUGACCGACCGGAUUUUGUUGGAUAGUUGAGUCACGGACCUUCAACCGUGGAUCCGGGAACACAUUUGAUAUGGUAAUUCAUUUGAUUAGGAAGUCUUCACACAAAACUUUUAUUAGUCUUGUAGAGGAAAUGUUAUAACAUUAAUUAAUUAAUUGACCCGAAGAAACUGUUUUGAAGAUUGGUAA